AAAACUAAAGAAACACAAAUCUCAAAAUAUAAAUACGAAAACAAGUCGACACGUCAUCGAUCCUCGUCAAAAACCAUCGAUUAAAAAACAUCCAACGGUGAGAUCGAGGUAAUAGCAUUCAACCCUAUCAUCUUCCCUUCGCAUAUCUCUAUCCUCCACCUCUCUCUCAAACCUAACUCUUAUCUCUUAUAUUUCUUCCCCCACAUUUAUAUAUUUUUCCACAAAACCAAAACAAUUAAAUCAAAAGAGAGGCAGAAAAGAAAGAAAAAAAAACCCUAAAAACUAAAUCUCACCUGCCGCUGUCUCUUUUCUUUUUUUUUUUCUUUUCUUUCCUUUGGUUUCACUGUUUGUUCUGUCUCGAUGGAUCCAUCUCUUUCCAGCGAUCCUCACCGUCCUCAGUACUCUCCCUUCCCUCAAUUCCCAACCUCAAACACCCCUUUCGUCUCCGCUCCGAAUCUCCCCUUUUACGGUGCUCAACCGGUUAACCAAACGCCGUUCAAUGUCUCCCAACCGCAACCGCAGACGCAAACGCAAACGCCUCCUUCUCAGCCAGCUCCUCCCUACUCUGAACUGAUCGUGGAGGCGAUUGCGCAUUUGAACGAGCCAGAAGGAUCGAGCAAGAUGGCGAUUUCGAGGUACAUCGAGAGAUCCAACCCUGUCUUACCCACAGCUCACCAGUCUCUCUUGGCUCACCAUCUCAAGACGCUGAAGAACUGUGGCGUUCUCUCCAUGGUGAAGAAGUCUUACAAGCUCGCCGCUUCCUCUUCCGCUCCCGAGAGCGUCGCCGUCGCUGCCGCCGCCGCCGCCGCGGGUCUCGCCGCUCCCAGAUCUGAGACUCCUCCGAGCAACAACAACAACAACAACGCUGGAUCUUUCGAUCCCGCUGCCUCUGGCUCCGCUUCUCAGCCGCUGAAGCGAGGCCGUGGACGUCCUCCUAAGCCUAAGCCCGAAGUCUCAUCGCUACAGCAACAACAACAGCUGAUCAGUGCUCAGCCCAACGCCGUCCAGCUUAACGGACAGCCGAGCUGGGAGCAUCCUGUAGCCAGUCCGGUUACAGAUUCGGUGAAGAGAGGGCCUGGUCGUCCGAGGAAGGACGGAUCUGCUCCGAUCCCUCGGCCUGCGGGUUUGUCUGUGAUCAUGAAACGAAGAGGCAGGCCACCGGGUCGUAGAGCUGCUGGGAGACAGAGGAAGCCCUUGUCGGUCUCCUCUUCCGUCUCUGUGUUUCCUUACGUCGCUAACGGUGCUAGACGUCGUGGAAGGCCGAGGAGGGUCGACUCUGGUGGAGUCCCUGCCGUUGCUUCUCCAGCUGGUGGAGAAGCUGUUGCGCCAGGGAUUAAGCGUGGACGAGGACGUCCACCGAAGAUCGGUGGUGUUAAGAAUAGGCUUAUCACGAAGCCUAAGCGCGGACGUGGACGUCCCGUUGGUAGACCAAGAAAGAACCCAUGGCCCGUGACGGGAACUAGUGGUGCAAUAGAAUCUGCCGCCUAUGGAGAACUCAAGGCAAAGCUUGAUCUCUGUAAUGAGAAAGCAAAAGAAAUCCUGAAUGUGUUGAACGCUGGUAUUGCAAACAACGACAAUCAAGCAGCGGUAGAAGCUGCAGAAAAGCUGAGAGGAUUAAUAACAUUGUUGACGGUUGAGCAGCCACAAGCCGUGGUGGAAGAAGUGCAGCCAGAGGAGGCAGCACCACAGACUGAUGAAGCUGAAGAACCACAAGGAGAGGCAGAGGGAGAGGGACAUGAACAAGAAGGAGAAGGAGGAGAAGAAGAACAAGCCCCGACAGGCCAGACCCAGGUCCAGACAGAUGCAGAGGCCAUGCAAGAAGCUCUGUUCUGAAGAAUAAUAUGAUCUCACAAAAAAAAAACAGCCUAGACAUUUAAGCCUUGGCGUUUGUGGCGGUUAGGAGGAGUGUUCUUUUUAGUAUUUAGGUGUUGGAUCCUAUCUUUAAUUAAAAAAAACCUAUAAGGAAUUUUAGUUUGUGGGAAGAAGAAAAACAAAGACUCUUUUGAUGGGUGUUGUGUCAGUGUCACUAACUAAAACAUUAAGAGGUUGAUGUAAAUUAGGGGAUAUUUCCAGUGCUGGAUGUUUUCUCUGUUAUGAAUCUUUGUUUCUUCCU